UGGACUCCCAACCUUGUUUCCUUAUUUGUGCUUCUUUCUUUUUUCUUCAUCACAAAGAAAAUUUUCUUGAUCUUCAAACAGAGAAAAAAAAAAAAAAAAAAAAAGAAAGAAAAUCCCACCCAUGGAGUGGGUUCGAGGAGAAGAAAUCGGUAGUGGAAGCUUCGCUACAAUCAGUUUAGCAGUACCCAGAAAAGCCUCAGCUGAAAUUCCUCCAUUGAUGGCCGUGAAAUCUUCGGAAAUCUUCAACUCUGCUUCGAUCAAUAACGAGAAAGAAAUACUGGAUCAGCUCGCAGAUUGCCCGCAAGUGAUUCGGUGUUUCGGAGAAAACUACAGCACUGAGAAAGGCGAAGAAUUUCAUAACUUGAUGUUGGAGUAUGCUUCCGGAGGCAGCUUGGUUGAUCAGCUCAAGAAAAAUGGCGGUCGGUUGUCGGAAUCGGAUAUCCGACGAUAUACGAGGACGAUACUCAAAGGUCUUUCGUUUAUCCAUACGAAAGGUUUUGUUCACUGCGAUAUAAAGCUUCAGAAUAUCCUAGUGUUCGAAAACGGCGCGGCUAAGAUUGCAGACUUUGGAUUGGCGAAGAAAACAGGGGAGAAGAAAACAGAGGUAGAGCUGAGAGGCACUCCUCUGUAUAUGUCUCCUGAAUCUGUAAACGACAAUGAGUACGAAUCGCCUUCGGAUAUUUGGGCACUUGGGUGCGCAGUGGUUGAGAUGAUGACCGGAAAACCGGCUUGGAAUUGCGAACCGGGUUCGAAUAUCUGUGCGCUUUUGAUAAGAAUUGGAGUUGGAGAAGAAUUGCCCCAAGUUCCAGAGGAGUUGUCUGAGGAAGGAAAAGAUUUUCUGGGAAGAUGUUUUGUGAAAGAUCCGAGAAAACGAUGGACGGCUGAUAUGCUUUUGAAACAUCCGUUUAUCUCCGACGACGACACUGUUUCAUUGGAGGAGUUAUCUACGUCGCCGAGAAGCCCUUUUGAUUUCCCAGAAUGGGUUUCGAUGCAAUCGACGGUGCGAUUUUCAAAACUGUCUGAAUUUUCACCGGAAUCGGAAAAUUGGUUCGGAAGGGAAUUGGAUUCUUACUUUGGUUCGUCGUAUUCUUCCUCUUCUUCUUCUACUUGUUUAGAAAAUCGGCUCCGGCGGCUUAUGUCCGAUGAGACACCCUAUUGGUUAGUUUCAGACAGUUGGGUCACAGUAAGGUGAUCGGAAUUUCUAUACCUGUGACGCAGAGAUUAGUAAGAGAAGUUGGAGUUGAUGCAAAUUGGAAAGAGAAUUCUCAUCACAUCAGACGGUUGUGAAUCACUUGGUUACAAUUAUUGAUGAUAUUAUUGUUUAUUUUUAUUUUUAUUUUUUAUUUUUGGGUUGUAAAUAGGAGGAGGAGACAGACAGACGAUUUUAGCAGUCCGAUCUGACUUUAACAAGUUGAUUCAACGGUUCCAAUUGGCCCCUUUGUUUUGGGUGAUGAAAUUGUAUAUAAAACAAUUUUUGAAUAUGAGAAAAAAUUGUUCAUAGAGUUUUACAAA